AUGGAAGUUAUAUUUGGCGUGGCAGGACACUCAUUCAUCCCACCCGAUAGGGUGUUUGCUCGUAUCGAAAAAGUGAUAAAGAAAAAAGAGACCAUCGUAUCGCCAGAUGAGUUUCGCAAUAUAUUUAAAGAUCGUGGAACUGUUUUUAUACUCGGUAAGGAUGUCAAGGUAUACGAUUGGAAAAAAGAUUCUCAGAAUUCAAUCAAACCACCUGCUCAAUGGCAUUUCCGCUUUAAUAUGAGUAAAAGAUUUUUAUUUAGAAAAGGUAGAAACAAAGUAGGCACAGUUCGAGGAGUACAGUCUUAUAAGACUGAUCUUGGAGAGUAUAAGUCCGUAUUUAAAAAAGGACAGACAGUAAGCAGCAUUAUACAGUCUAAAGUACCUGAUGGUGUUAUGCCCAAUCAGGCGAAACUUAAUGACGUAAAGGUGCUAAUAGAAAAACACUGGGAUAAGGAAUGGCAUGCGUUAGAGAAUCUGCAGUACUACAGUGAAGUUCUAAAGAAAUAUAUGUGA